UUUUGGGUUUCAAUUCUAAAGAGAGGGAAGUGUAUAAAUCGGUGCUGCUUUUCAACCAACAAUGUCCAAAGAGAUAAUAGAGAAACUGCAGCUCUGCCCUGAUGAACCAGAGGAUGCUGACUGCUACUCAGAGUCCGUGAAAUUCGAUGCACGCUCAAUGACAGCAUCACUUCCUCCCAAUCCUAAAAAUGGCUCUUCCCUUCAGGAGAAAUUGAAGUCCUUCAAAGCCGCUCUACUCGCCCUCUACCUUCUUGUGUUUGCUGUCAUCAUACCUGUCCUCGGGAUAGUGACAGCUCACAUAAUGAAUUGGGAAAGGAAGAGCUGCUUAGUUGGUUCACCUAACACAAGUGAUACAUCCCAAAGCCUGAUUGGCAAAGAAAAUGCCAGUAAAGCUGAAAUGAGACUCACAGUUGUCAUGGAACACAUGAAGGAGAUGGAGAAGAGAGUCCAAAGCCUUGCAGACUCAGAAGCCAACGUCAUAGAUGCAGAACGCUUCCAGAACUUCAGUGUGACAACCGACCAGAGUCUAAGUGAUGUUCUUCUGAAGUUAAGUUCCUUGAUUUCGUCAGUCCAGGAACAUGGAAACUUGCUAGAUGAAAUCACCAAGUCCUUGCAGCAUCUGAAUACCACACAGCUUUAUGUCCAGAUGCGUACAGAAACACUGGAUCACAAUGUCCGUGAGCUCACAGCCAAGCAACAGGAGAACAUCAGUAAAUUAGAGGAACGUGUAUACAAAGUAUCAGCAGAAAUCCAGUCUGUGAAAGAAGAACAAGAGCAUGUGGAACAGGAAGUAAAACAGGAAGUGAAAGUACUGAAUAACAUCACUAACGACCUGAGACUAAAGGACUGGGAACACUCACAGACACUGAAAAAUAUCACCAUAAUUCAAGGGCCUCCUGGACCCCCAGGUGAAAAAGGAGAUAGAGGACUUACUGGAGAAAUUGGUCCACCUGGUUUUCCAGGUUUAAGAGGUCCUCCAGGUCCUAAAGGUGAUCCGGGACUACCUGGCUUGUCGGGAAACCGAGGAUACCCAGGGCAGCCAGGAAAGGCGGGGAGGUCAGGAUCUCCUGGACCUAAAGGCCAAAAGGGAGAAAAAGGGAGUGGAGGCUCAUCAACUCCUCUUAAGACGGUUCGACUGGUUGGCGGUAGUGGACCUCAUGAGGGCAGAGUGGAGGUCUUCCGCCAAGGCCGCUGGGGUACAGUCUGUGAUGAUCACUGGGAUAUACGUGCCGGAGAAGUAGUCUGCCGGAGCCUGGGAUAUAAAGAUGUUCUAGCUGUGCACAAGAGAGCUCACUUUGGACAAGGUACUGGUCCAAUAUGGCUGAAUGAAGUGAUGUGUUUUGGGAGAGAAUCAUCUAUUGAAAACUGUAAAAUCAGGCAAUGGGGCGUGUCCGUCUGUUCACACACAGAAGAUGCUGGAGUCACUUGUACCAAAUAGUGUAUCAUAUUUUUACUCACAUUUAUGAAACUGAUGUUGUCAAAUUACUUUUGUUGCCCUACUCCACUAGAAUAAUUUUAAUGGGUUCACAAUAUUGGUAAAAG